ACGCGUGCCAUAGGAUUGCCCUCACGGCCCUAUAGGAUUUCGGAAAAACGCUUGUCCGAUCGCCUUCCUUAGCGAGUUGCCCUGCAACAAGUUCCUGAACCUGCAGCCGAAAAUUGGCUCUCGCCACGGAUAACAUGGUUGGGAUGCAUUCGGGGGCGUAACUCAACCCCAAAGCCCCCUUUUUACCCCCUGACGCAGCUGCUCCGAAAUAGCUCCAGCGACGGCUGGAACGGCCCUCCGGCUUGGCAUGUGGCGAAGCAUCUUCUCGGAUCAGGCUCUGCGGCAUGGAAGGGUGGGGUAUGAAUUGACUGUCCGGUGAACUUCAGCUUUCUCUCUUAAGAAAGACGCGGCUUGAAAUAUCUGGGGACAGGGAGAAGCUACGAAACUGGGCCCCAGGGGAACCUGGAUCGUAAGCCAGGAAACUCGGUUUGAACCGAGAAGAGUCGAUGGAGCUUUUUUUCGCCCGUGUCGUGAUUUUUGUAAAAAGGGUUUUGGUUUGAAAGCAGCAUUGCUUCUCUCUCUCUCUCUUUUUUUUUUAGCUCUGGUUUCUCCCUGCCUUGGAAUGGAGGGUUUCCCUGGGCCACGAUCCAUGUGGAUCUCCUAUCCAUAGGCUUCCGGGCUCCAAUGUCCAUUCAACCCAUAAGCUACCUCGACCCACCUCGUUCUCCGCUUCCAUCUACCAUGAAGAGUAACUGUCCAGCACUCUCUUCCCCGAGCGCAGAGUUAUAUACAGCACAGUACUUUCCCUCCACUUCCUGGGUGGAGCCCGUGCCGGGGAGAGGCAAAGGAAAAAAAAAGAAGAGAGAGAGGCUUUAUAAACCUCCAAGCUCAGGCGGUCAGCAAGUCCCGACAAGAGUGGUGAAAUUACAGUCCUUCCCGCAGAGGGAGAAGACAGGAACGGGCCAGUUGGCUCCAGGGAAGGAGGAGAAGUGGUGGCAUCUCCCAGGCCUGACCCUUCUGUCUUUGCCCCAACACCGCCUGCCUGCUUGCCAAGCUUGGCCACAUUCCGGUGAAGAUCCCAAAGGCCUCCUCCGGCUUCUGUGACAGCUUCUCACCCCUCAGCCCUUCCUGAAGCAAAGGCGAAAAGACUCCCUCUCCAGAGCAGGGGCACGGGAGCCCUCUGAUCCGGUGCCAGGGGGCGAGUUUGAAGAGAUGCAGCAGCAUCCGGACCACAUGGGCUCCGUCGGCGGUGCCAGGCAAUAGCGUGAGUUCUCCGUCCCUUCUGGAACCCGGCUGCCUUGAAAGCUGAGCUGGUCGGGGCAGAGAGAACCUUGAAAGGGUGCAUUUUCAAGUCCUUCGGCUGGACAGCGGCUGGGUGGCCAGACAGGACAGGCUAAGAAGAACGGAGAAGGUCGUCCUUUGAGCAGUUCAAGAGUUUCCUUGGCUGGCAAGGGAGGACUCUGAGCCACCAGUUCCUGCCAGCUGCAAGACGAGAGGAAACGGCACUACGAUGGGGUCAAGGAGCUGCGACAGGCACCGGGGCUUUUUGGGGACACCGGGGGUCUCCUGUUCGCAGCAGCUCUUCCUUCUCCUCGUGGCCCUCCAGCAGUUUUGCUCUGUCUGGGCCUUCUCCACUUGCAAGACCUUGGACAUGGACCUGAUGAAGCGGAAGAGGAUCGAAGCCAUCCGGGGUCAGAUCUUGAGCAAACUCAAACUUCCGAAACCCCCCGAAGUGGAAGACUCGGAGUCACAGAUCCUCACCGAAGAGAUCAUGGCCCUCUACAACAGCACUUUGGAAGUCAUCCGAGAAAUGGUAGCCGAGGAACCAAAGGAAACUAUUCAUGAAGAAUACUACGCCAAGCAAGUCCAUCGGUUCAUGAUGAUACCCAUCGACAACGAAAGCUACGGCGAUCUGUACAAGAAGGAUAGCCAAAACGUCUACUUUGGAUUCGAAAUCGAACCCAUCCGGAAGGUCCUUAGUGACCCCAAUUUGCUGUACCGUGCAGAGCUGAGGAUGCAGGCCUCGGGACAUGGUCAAGAGCAGCGACUGGAGCUUUACCAGCAAAAAGACCACUCAGGGAAUGAUUCCACUUGGUACUACCUUCAAGGGCUGUCGUUAAAGGUGAAGAGCGAAAAAGAAUGGCUGUCCUUCGAUGUCACCAAUGUUCUCCGGUUGUGGCUCGCAAGUAGAGACGAGCUGGGGAGAUUCCGACUUAGCACUCACUGUUCCUGUGAUGGCAGACGAAACGAUCUAACGAUACAAAUUGAAGGCACCACCAUCAAAAGAGGGGACCAAGGACCAUUAAUUGGGAAAUCAAAGCAGCGUCCGUACCUGUGGAUCAUGGCCACCACACCAGAACGGGCUGAUUCCUCGAGUCACAAGCGGAGAAAACGGGCCGCUCCGGAUGCAGAUUUCUGCAGCAGCCAAUCCCCGGAAGCGAAGAAUUGCUGCGUACGGCGUUUCUAUAUCGAUUUCCGAAAAGAUUUAAAAUGGAAGUGGAUCUACGAACCUAAAGGCUACUAUGCCAAUUUCUGCAUGGGGCCGUGUCCCUAUCUCUGGAGCGCGGAUACUCAAUAUAGCAAGGUCCUCGCUCUCUACAACGUUCACAACCCCUCGGCCUCAGCCGCACCCUGUUGUGUCCCCGAUGAGCUGGAACCCUUGGGCAUCGUUUACUACGUCGGCCGACAAGCCAAAGUAGAACAGCUUUCCAACAUGAUCGUCAAAUCCUGCCGGUGUAGCUGAGAAACAGGGAUCGGUGGUGGACUUGAGAAUGUCUGAAUGAUCCCUCCGGAGAAAAGAGUCAGGACUGUGAGGAGGACGCCGACUUCGUUUCCCACCCCUCUUCUCUCUGCUAAAAAAACCUCAUGCCUUUUCUACUUUCGUCUUUUUCAUUUUUGUCUUCACAAAAAAAAAAAGGAAUCUUUUUCUCUCUCUUGUUUUUGGAAAAAAAAACCCACAACUUGUAUUGUUAUUGUUAUUAUUAUUAUUAUUUUAUUGGGUAAAUUUAUGUUUUUGGGGAGGGAUGAGGAUUGUCUUUUUUUAUUUUUUAUUUUUUAAUUCUUUGGCUUUGGUGGUGGAGAGGACUUGCUCAGGAGAGAGAGGAAGAAAGAGGAGGAAGAAGAAGGAGAAGGAGAAGAAGAAGGAAAGAGGCACAGACAGAUCCACCAAAAAUGGGCCAGGAAAGGAAAAAAAACCUCCUCUUGCAAACGGAAGCGGGAGGAACCAACUUGCUGCGAGACGGCAAAAGGAAAUAAGGAAUUAAAAUUUGAUCGGGGUCAGGAAUUGUAAAAAGGGAUAAAACAGCUGAAGGGCUGCCAGGCUGACUUUGGAACAGAGUCCAGAAUUGUUUAGUCCAGAAGAUCCAGAGAGAGGGAUGUUGUUCUCCAGAUGCCCAAACUUUGGAGGAGUUCUCGGGUCGCCGGACGAUGCCCGAUUCUCUGCCUUGGGAUCUGGUGGGGAAGGGAAGACGUUCCCAAAACUGGAUCAGCUCUGUCUUCCGGCUCCGAGAUGUGGUCAUUUGGACAAUAUUCAAACCUUGUUCUUGGAAAAACCCCAAAUUGCAUGGAGUGAAUGACUCUUCCCUCUACCUUGUGGCUCUGCUGACCCCCACUUCCUCUGCCCCACGCUGGCUUCCCAGGUGUUAGAAGAUACUGGAGGAGAAAUUGGAUGGGGGGGAAAAAAAGAGGUCAGGGGCUCUUUGAGACUCUUAGUGCUGGGAUAACCCUGAAAAAGGUGGGAUGGAUGGGCUAUUCCAGCUGGGAAAGCUAUACAGGGAGUCCUCAACUUACGACCAUAAAUGGGAUCACAAUUUCCACUGCAAGUCGUUAAGCGAGUCGGGUUGAAUUUCACCUUUUUUUUUUUUGGUUAAGCGAAUCACUGCCAUUGAGCGAAUCCUGUGGUCGUUAAACGAAUCCGGCUUCCCCCACAGACUUUUGCUUGUCAGAAGCCAGCUGUGAAGAUUGCAAAAUGGGGAUCCCGUAAUCCCGGGAUACGGCAACGGUUGGUUGCCCAAGGGCCCGAAUUUUGAUCUUGUGACAGUGGGGGCUGCUGCGAUAGGUGUAAGCGUGAGGACAGAGGCUUUUCGCAGUGGCGUUGUAACUUCGAAAGGUCGCUAAAGGAAUGUUCGUAAGUGGAGGACUCUCUGUAACGCAUCACUUUCACCAUAGGGGAUUUUUUUUUCCUCUUGCCUGAAUGUCUGCAGAUUCUUAUUUGCAGAAAAAGUUGGUCAGAACCGGGGUUGCGUUGAACCAUUCUCUCUUCAAGGCAACAAGACUUUCUCUCCCAGGCUCCCGAGAUAAGGGAAGGGUCUGCCAAUUUUUCCUUUUCUCUCUCCAAUCUUCACGGUAAAUUCGGUGACCACAAACCGGACGGGGUUUCACACAAUCGGCUCCAUCUUAAACUUCCCUUAAUAAAUGGUGGUUCGGAGAACCAGUAGCAAAAAUCCCUGAGUGCAGCUCAGCUGGGAUCGUCAAAGGGAUCGUCAGCUGAUGAUCCCAGCUGAGUUGCCUGAUCGGCAGAGGCUUUUUUCUUUUAAAAGCCUCUGACGAUCCAAACUGAGAUGCCUGAUUGGCAGAGGUUUUUUCUCUUUUAAAUACCUCUGACGAUCCAAGCUGAGUGGCCUAAUCAACGGAGGGUUUUUUUUCUUUUAAAUGCCUCUGAUGAUCCAAGCUGAGUUGCCUGAUCGGCAGAGGCUUUUAAAGGAAAAAAAAGCCUCUGCCAAUCAGGCAACUCAGCUGAGACCGUCAGAGCCUUUCGAAAGCAUUUUUUUACAACCUCUUCGCCGAAGAGGUUGUAGAAAAAAAUGGUUUUAAAAGAAAAAAAAAUUGGCCACGCCCACCCAGUCACAUUAAACCCUCCCCCCCCCACCAAACCAUGCCCACAGAACCACUAGUAACAAAUUUUAGAUUUCACCACUGGAGCAGGGCCAUCCACCAUCUCCACUACCAGUUCGCCCAAAUUGGUACGAACCGGCUGAAUACGACCUCUGAUUAGCCCGAUAUUGUAAUUUGGGAGGGGUACCCAUCAAGGGGUGGGUGUGUGCCAAAAAAGGGAAGAUCUUCAUCCCCGUCUGCAGAUGUCCUGCAGAUGUCAUGCCAAAGUAUUCAAACUUUAUGUGAUUAGACACAAAAGGUAUUUGUCUCUCAGCAGCUCUCAGUAUACAUGCUUUGCAGAAUAAUGAUAAUCGUCGUAAUAUUAUCCAAUAAGAGGAGAGAAUAAAGAAGAGAAUAAGAAGGGUAAAUAAUAAUAGUCGGUGAGUUUUGACCCUGACAAUGAUUUAUUUAUUUUUUUUGGAAUGUCUUAGUGGACAUUGUAGGAAUCCAACCUGUUUGUUUAUGAUUCCAUAUGUUGUGGGAAACAUGGUUUAAUUUCAACCACCUUAAGGAUGUUAUCAGAACAUACCUGCUGAUUUAGUUUCCCAAAAGACUCUAAAUAACUUUGGGAUGUUGUACUGUUUUUUUAAAAAAAUCUGUAGAUCUGUUUUCCAGGAUGGCUGUAUAAAAACUACAUUAUAAAUGAAUAAAUAAAGGUAGUCCUUGACUUAUGACCACAAUGGAGCCCCAAAGUUUCUCUUGCUAUGCGAGACAUUUCUUAAAUGAGUUUUGCUCCGUUUUACAACUGUUUUUGCCAUGGCUGUUAAGCGAAUCACAGAAGUUGUUAAGUUAGUAACACGGCUGUUAAGCGAAUCUGGCUUCCCCAUUGACUUUGCUUGUCAGAAGGUCGCAAAAAGGGAGAGGGGUGUCACGUGAGCCCAGGGACGCUGCAACUGUCAUAAAUACGAGUCAUUUGAAUUGUGAUCCCAUGACUGUGGGGAUGUCGGAACAGUUGGCACUUUUAUCAGCGCCCUUGUAACUUCGAACUAAAUGAACUGUUGUAAAUUGAGGAUUACCUGUAUAUAAAUAAAUAAAUUAAUUAAAUAAGUAAAUAAACAAACAAAUAAA